AUGGAGAAUUUCUAUAACACAAUCUUACCUUACAUGCGAUGUAUAACGAAAAUGAAAUUUAAUGUGAAUCUUGACACUUUGCAUGUUGAAUCAGGAGUGAAAGAUGCAGCACAAAGUAUUGCAGGUGGAAUCACCCAUGGUGCCAAUAGUCUUAGCGAUGGUGCUCGAACGAUAGGUUACGGUUUAGGAAUCGGCCUAAUCGCAGUAGGAGUUGGCAUCGCGGCUGGUCAUAUAUGGAUGAAACCACCAGUAAACAAUUUCUAUCCUCGAGAGUCAUCAGCUGCAAGUGGACAGUUUAGACGAGAGGAAAAGCAUACUUCAAAACUCCGUGGCUCGUGUAGUUCCUCAGAACCCGACGAAUCUCUAGCCCCGAACUCCAUGUGA